AUGAAGCUGGUCGCGCCGUGCGCUCUCUUCGGAGAUUCCUGGUCGUCCCUCUUCAAGCUUCACGGCGGCUUCUCCGCCACCGUCGGCGACGGCGGUCGCAGAGGUUAUGGCGGCGGCGGCCAUCGGAGGAAGCUGUUCACGGCGACGUCUCGCCGUAGGAUGACGGUCUUCGCCGGAUACGCUGGCGGCCGACAAGCUUCCGUUACCAGAGCUUCAAGCCGUGGCAGGAUGUUCAGUAGGUUGGAUUCCUGCCUCGUGGUACCGCCGCCUUCCGGCCGGAAGCCGCUGGCCGUUAUUAUGUUCCUGGGAGGCGCUUUCGUCGGAGCGGUCCCCGAGGUUACUUACAGGUUUCCGCCCCGAUUUUCCUCAUUAUCAUCUGUUGUGAUCGAAUCGGUCGGUCAUUCGGUGCUAUCCGUGGUUGACGAUGACUCUGGACAGCUACCUGCUGGAGCUGCUGGCUGAGGAAGGGUUCCUCCUCGUGUCGGUGCCGUAUAAUGUCACCUUCGACCAUUCCCGAGCGGCCAGAGAGGUAUACGAGAGGUUCAAUGGAUGCAUGGAGAAGCUUUCUGCGUCCGGCGUUCCCGACUCUGAGCUGAGCGCCGCCGAUCUUACCGACCUUCCUCUUUACUCCGUUGGCCACAGGUGAGAGACAAUGCAGUGACUGUCUUUCAUGGUGGGCUCCAUGCGCUGCUUUCUUGAUCUUCAGUGAAUCUAACGGAGAAUGGCACUUCUCCGAUGAUUGGGAUGACCUGCUGCAGCAACGGAGCCCUUCUGCAACUAAUGGUUGGAAGCUAUUUCUCAGAGAAGAUACCCAAGGUUUUGUUCCUCUCCUGUAAAUUUCUUGGGGACGAAGUGCAUGAAGCAGGAAGUUCUGAUCAUCAAUCCGAGUCGAUAGAGUGUGGCUGAAGGUGUUUCAUGUUCUACUGAUAGGCAAAUGCAAUAAUCUCGUUCAACAACAAGCCGGCAUCGGUGGCAGUGCCAUAUUUUGAACAGGUAACCGUCUUUUCUCUGCAGAAGGAUGAUUUUUCUGAAGAAUUGGGUACUUAGAUGAACUGGGUACAGACUGCUUUUCAUCAAGAAUCCUGUGAAGAUGGCAAUUGCAGAGCUUUGCGCUGCUCAGUUUUCGUUCUGGAGCUGUAUGCAACGUGAACAAGCGCCUUCAUCUCACGGCCCUGCUUCAUGACAUCGUCUUUUAGGGUUCUUGGUGCCUCACUAUUGGAGCCAUGAUCAUUGCCUUUGACCCCACCGUCACUGUUUCCUGGAUUCUCAUGGCGGCCUCAACCUAUCCUAAGAACACAGACAUGGAGGAGAAACUGCCUUUGACCCCACUGUCACUGUUUCCUGGAUUCUCAUGGCGGCCUCAACCUAUCCUAAGAACACAGACAUGGAGGAGAAACUGCCUUUGACUGUCACUGUUUCCUGGAUUCUCAUGGCGGUCACUGUUUCCUGGAUUCUCAUGGCGGCCUCAACCUAUCCUAAUAACACAGACAUGGAGGAGAAACUUCCUCUUGGACACGACAGAGGGGAGGAACGGCGGAAACCGCCUCAACCAUCAUUGAUCUCUCACAUCCGAAGAAAACCCAACAUAACGUUUCCCAAAAUACUCUUAGGACUUCCAACAAGUUCCACCAAAAUUACUACAAUGCUUGCAGUUGUGUGCAUCCCUAUCCCUAUCUCAAUUACUACAAGGCUUUUCAAUAUCUCUCUCUCUCUCGCUCGCUAGCUAGCUCUUCCUGCGGAGUGACUGCUUUGCACGAGUAAACUCCUUCCUAGUGGGACGAAAGAUGUUCCUUAGUUUAUUUAUGCUGACGAUUCCGUUAGAUUUAUCCGGAAAUAUGAUCACUUGUGGCUGUUGUUUAUUUAUCCUAGAAAUUAAUAUGCUUUUCUUCUUUGUUGAAAGCUUGAGCCGGACAGCAUUUUAUAUUAUCUGAGAUCGUUUCUUGGGGAAAAUAGUUUCCUGAUUUCUGCUAUAUUUUUGCAGCUAGGGCCUCUCGUUAGUCAAACUAUUCCUGUUGUUGAGGCUUCCCCGCUAUAUUCACUGGCUACAAGUGCUUCAGGUAUCUAUUUUGAUAUAAUCGUGCUUCAGGUCUGUCUUUUUUCGUAUAGUUUACGAUUAUAUGACUAUUCUUCAGAAGAAUCAUAUCUAAAGUAAACCCCUUCUUCGGCUAAAUUUGUAUCUGUUUUUUCCCUUAAAAGUUAAUACUGAUGGUGAGAGCGCACACAAAUAUAUGGCUUUUCGACUUCCUUUUCAAACCAUUUUUUACAUUUUAAAAAGGUGCUUCUUGGAAUCUUUAAGGAAGGCAAUAAUAAAUGGUUAAUUAUAUAUUAUUAUAUCGUAGCUAUUAUUCCAUGGGUUAACUUGAUUGUGUACAUGCAUGUGCCAAUAUGUUUAUUGCAUUCUGAUCUAUUUAUUAUUUAUUUUGAUGGCAGAAAUGCCCUCUUGAUAUUUCUUCCAUGCUCAUUUAUGUACGUGUCAGUUUUCUUAGAGAUUGCUGGUAAGAGCUGCUUAUAAGAACAGAGUAGCCAUCACUCAACCUGUGUUGUAGGAAUUGGGCAGUCAGUGUGUUUGUUCCUCUAUGUUUCCUCUCUCUCUUCAUUCUUGGCCUCUGUGACUUUACUCUGGAGUGAUCUACAGGGUACUCCAAUAAUGUGAUGAGAGCUCUAUCCACAACUUAGGACUCUACUGAUUAUGCUAGUGUUCCAUUUAUGAAGAUCUCUGAACAAUCAUUUUCAUUAAGUUAAAAAGAGUUAGGAUUGGAACAGAGUAGGAGCUGCUUAUAACAACAGGGUAGCCAUCACUCAACCUGUGUUGUAGGAAUUGGGCAGUCAGUGUGUUUGUUCCUCUAUGUUUCCUAUCUUUCUUCAUUCUCGGCCUCUGUGAAGUUACUCUGGAGUGAUCUACAGGGUACUCCAAUAAUGUUAUGAGAGCUGCAUCCACAACUUAGGACUCUACUGAUUAUGCUCAUGUUCCAUUUAUGAAGAUUUCUGAACAAUCAUUUUCAUAAAGUUGAAAAGAGUUGGGAUUGGAAAAAGCCCCAAGUUGGUUUUUGGCCUUACUAACAUUUUGUUACUCUCUCUGCAUGGUAUCAGUAGGAGAUAAAUAGUAUAAUUCAGUAUGGUCUGAUGUUUGAUUCUCAUUUCCUUGGUUAUCAUGCUCAUUAAAUAACUCUGAGUUACUUGAUUAAAAACUCAAGCUUUUACUACUCAACAACUUCAGAUCAUAAAAAAGAAUUCUAUUUUAAAACUUACCAUUCUCUGUAUAUAUUUCCCAUGGAUUCGUAAGAUUUGGCUACUAUUUCCUCAUCCUUCGUUCUUGAUACCAUAGGAGAUGCAUGGAAGGCUUUUCUGGAUACUACCAGUACAUUUCUAAAGGGAUAUGACCAGGAAGCCGCUGUUUCCUUGAACAAAUUUGUUGACCAGCUGCCAUCUGUCAUCAAUGAGGUUCCUUUCUUUUUUUUUUUUCUCUCCCUCCAUUAUCUAUACAGAGUGAGUAUCCAGAAAGCAGGCUAUUUCUUCUUCUCAGGUUACACAAGGCGCAUCAGAGUUCAAACCAACGCCAUCCGAGAAUCGUGAUUUAUUUAGUAAAUCAUACAACGUCCCUCACACUUUACUGGUAUUUUCUCGUUCAUAUAUUGCUUCAUCAUAGUAACAUGGACGUACUAAUAUCGUUUCUACUGGAGUAGCUCACAUUUUCUUCCCCUUGAUAUUUCAGGUAAAAUUCAAUGCCGACACUAUUGAUGAGACUGAUACUCUUGAACAAGUCUUGAGAUCACGCGUGGAAUCUACAGGAGGCACAUUGGAAAAGGUUUCCUUAUCAGGAAAUCAUCUGACUCCAUGCGUACAGGUAUGACAUACCCUAUUUCCAAAUAUCAUUUAUUUAUGAUUGGCUGGAUGUUUCUAUUAAUGGGCAAUGCCCAUAUGGAUGGUUUAUUGAAAUAAAAUGCUCAGUUGGAUGGGAUUCUGCAAUGACUUUUCGGUUCUCCAGGGGUUUUCCAGUAUCAUCAGGUAGUUACCAUUUCUGGGCUCGAAUGAUCUAAGAAAAAAAUCAGGAAAAUCAGCAACAUUUUUGGAAUUAUCCUUCACCAAUAAAAUUUCUAUAUUUGACGAACCACUAUGGUCAGCAUGCCCAAUAUGGAAUUCUUGCUUGCUCUCCCCCAUCUUGUUUCCCUAUGAGGUGCUGCUCUUCAUCUCUUUCUAGAUAAACACAGGCUGUUAGAGCGAGAAAGUAGAACCAUCAUCAUUAAGACAGAUUUCCAAUCAUAGUACAGACUAACAUAUUUGGAAGAAAAUGAGGAAGUCAAGUCAUCUGCAAUCCUCUCCAGAUUUUUGUUCUAAAAGUCGCCCUUUCUUAAUGUCGGAUAUCUCCUGACCCACCGUUUGUGUUCUUCACUUCACCAUCACCUGUUCAGGACAUAAGAUGGGAAGUCGGCAGCCGGUACACUCCAGCAGACGCCAUUGCCCAGGGCCUCAAGUCCUUGUCACUGAAGGACACGAGGGUGCUCGCCACAACUGUCGCCCAUUGGCUGGACCAGAAGAAGGGGAGAUGA